UCUGCCCUGAAGAGCAGCAGCUCAGCACCAGCGGCUGGAAGACUGGAGCGCACCGAGCCGGUUGGACAGCCGGCCUGUCACUCAGAGGAGGCCAGUCUGAUGUCUGGAAUGAGUUUUCGGGUUGCGGUGGGCGGGACAAGCGGCAUUGGUCGUCAGCGAUUUGCCAAGGGGGCUCCGGGGAGGUGCUGCGGAGACGGAUUCGCUUUAAAUAGACAGCCAGACGCGUUUUUACCGCAGUAUCCCUGAUCUCCGUAAGGAAAGCCGGCUCUGUGCUCACCGGACCUUGGAGGGGGGGGAGGGCUUUUAAGGUGCAGGAUUGCGGAUUGAGGGUGUUUUUAUUUUUAUAUACAUAUAUAUAUUUCGGGGUUUGCUGUCAUUUUCUACCGGUGAACGCAGAAAAGAAGGAGGAGCGAGAAAGACAUUGACAGACCUCUCAUAAUCCUAGUGUAAUAAUAGUUCCUUUAAACCCGUGAAAAAAUACAGCAAGCUGCUUAUCUCAUAUUCAACUGCAGGCAGCGACCCCAGGCGAGUCCCUGAACCGCAGGCUGUGAAGCCCCAGACUGCAGCUGUUACACCGGGCUCUCCGGGGUGUUAUCUGGUGCCGCCAGACGUCCAUCGCCAGCGGACCCGCUUGUCCGCGGUGUAGACCCUGCGCCUCUUCAGGAACACGGGGGCUGAGAGAGAGAGAGAGACUGCCGCUGGAACUGUCCCCCGGAGCGCCGUCGCUGAGAGACACCCCGCCAGAGCACAAGCGGGGCCACCAUGUCGAACAAGAAGGAAAAGAAGACCUGCGGACAGUUGCUGGACGAGUGGAAGGGGUUUGUGUGGAACCCGAGGACGCACGAGUUUCUCGGCCGGACCGCGAGCAGCUGGGCCCUCAUCCUGGUCUUCUACCUGGUCUUCUACACCUUCCUGACUGGCCUGUUCUGCCUCACCAUGUGGGUGUUGCUGCAGACUGUGGACGACUACAAGCCCACCUACCAGGACCGGCUGGCCACCCCAGGACUGAUGAUCCGGCCCAAGUGUGAGGCCCUGGAGAUCGACUAUGAUAUUGCCAAAACGGAGAGCUGGGAUGAUUACAUCACUGCACUGGACAGCUUCCUUGCCCGUGAGUCCUGGUGUGGGGAGCGAAGAAGAGAUCUCUCAUGCUCUUCCCUGCUCUCUUUCAACCUGUCUCUCUUCUUCCUCUUUCUCCUCUCUCAUUCCUUCCACUCUUUCCUCCCUCUGUCUCCUUCCUCGCUCCUCCCUCUUUGUCACUCUCUCCCACUCUCUCCCUCUCUCCCACUCCCCUUUCUCCACUCUCCCCUGUCUCCCUCUCUUUCUCCUCCCUCUCGCCUCUUCUCUCCUCUCUCUCUCAAGUUCAAGUUCCAAGACCUUUGUUGGCCUGACCGAUUCAUUACUGUUGCCAAAGCAGGGUCCAUGACCAGCACAUGCUCUCCCUCUCUCCUCUCCCAGGUGAACUACUCCCAGCCACUGGUGGCAGUGAAGUUCCUCAACAUCACCUUCAACAGCGACGUCAACGUGGAGUGUAAGAUCGUGGCCAGAGACAUCAAGGUGGACGCAGAACAGCGUGACAAGUUUGCCGGUCGCGUCUCCUUCAAGUUAAGGAUCAACAAGAGUUAAUUUGCCCAGAAGCACGCACACAAGUACACACACACACACACUCACAAAGACACACACUAAUGUAGAUCUGUACAAAGUGAGAGAUUUGCAGAGCCACGCUGUAUUAAAACAAUCAGCCUACAACACAGGGACAGUGCAACACAAAGACACAACACAGAGCACGGAAUGAGAGCAGACACUAACACACCAGUACCGUAUAUGGGCACGGCUUGGGGCUUGUGCAGAUCUUGCAUGGCCUGAGACAGAUUCUCGUGGGGAAUUCAGAUGUUGGGGAGGGGACGCAUUAGAAUUCGGGUUUGGCGGGAUCUCUUUUAAUAAAGCAGGGCUCAAUAUAUUCCUAUCAAAACAUGCUGUGUUACAGUUGGAUCGAAGCUGUAAAGAAAACCUCAAGAACACACACACAUGCACUGACGACUUUGUCGAUGGACUGUUGCCGAAUGACAGUAUCCUGUAAUGCGACCCUCCACCCAACUCCCCCUCCCCCAUGAAUCAACCCUACCCCCCUUAAAAAAAUCAUCGCAUUACCUAAAGAGAACAUAUCUAUAAAUGUGUGUAUGUGUACAUGCGUACGUUACCCCACAGGACUGGGAGUUCUUGGCUAAGAUGGGGAAUUCUUAGGGAUGCUGGAUCCGUGGACACGGGCUGUGUUGUUGAAUGUUCCUGGUCUGUGAUUAGAGCAAAGCAAAGUUGUCCAUAAUUCUGCAUCCUGGAGGAAUACUGGAGCUUGGCCAAUCCUGGGUUAUUCUGUGGGGAGAUGUAUGUCAUGUAUAGAUCAUUUCUAAAUGUGUAAAGCAGAUAUAUAUAUAUAUAUUUGUUUUUGUAUUAAUUUGCACUGGACAGAGCGGGAUAUUCCCGCCUAUGGACUAGAGAGGGAGAGCGGAGGGAUUUUGCUCCAUUGUCAUUCCCAUUUUUCCAACGGAUUCCCACGCCAUUGUCUCUGUGCUCCACGCUGCACAGCUCCAGUGCCUCUGCUUGUUUCCUGUACCGCGCAAACCCGUCGUUUUCCAUGUCUGCAGAUCUGCUUUGUGUACGUUUGAGUGUGCAGACAGAAACUUUUCCCUAAAUACCUGUGUCCACUGGCUCCAGGCAUCAGUGGACACUGGUGUGUGUAUACAGUGCCUCCUAUAGGAGUCUGGACACUGGUGCGUGUGUGUACAGUGUCUCCUAUAGGAGUCUGGACACAGGUGUGUAUAUGUACAGUGUCUCCUAUAGGAGUCUGGACACAGGUGUAUAUAUGUACAGUGUCUCCUACAGCAGUCUGGACACUGGUUCAUGUGUGUACAGUGUCUCAUGUAGGAGUCUGGAAACAGGUGUGUAUAUGUACAGUGUCUCCUACAGCAGUUUGGACACUGGUGCAUGUGUGUACAGUGUCUCCUACAGCAGUCUGGACACUGGUGCGUGUGUGUACAGUGUCUCCUAUAGGAGUCUGGACAUGGGUGUGUAUAUGUACAGUGCCUCCUAUAGGAGUCUUGACACCAGGUGUGUAUAUAUACGGUGUCUCCUAUAGGAGUCUGGACACAAGUGUGUAUAUGCAGUACACAGUGUCUCCUAUAGGUUUCUGGACACCAGGUGCAUAUCUACAGUGUCUCCUAUUGGUGUCUGGACACCAGGUGUGUGUGUAUAUACCAUGUCUCCUAUAGGAGUCAGGAUACCAGGUUUGUAUAUAUACAGUGUCUCCUAUAGGUUUCUGGACACCAGCUGUGUGUAUAUACAAGUGUCUCCUUUACGUUUCUGGACACCAGGUGUGUGUGUAUAUUCAAAUGUCUCCUGUAGGUGUCUGGACAGCGGGUGUGUGUAUAUACAGUGUCUCCUAUUGGUGUCUGGAUACCAGGUGUAUGUUUAUACUGUGUCUCCAAUAGGUGUCUGGGCAGCAGGUGUGUGUAUAUACUGUACAAGUGUCUCCUAUACAGUAGGUGUCUGGACACCUGGUGUGUGUGCAUAUACAAAUGUCUCCUGUAGGUGUCUGGACACCAGGUAUGUAUAUACUGUGUCUCCUAUAGGUGUCUGGGAAGCAGGUGUGUAUCUGUACAGUCUCUCUAAUGGCUGCAAAUGAGGUAUAUAUAUCCAGAAAUUCAUGUUAGUGUUCGCCCACCUGAUACAUACGCACUGUGUAUACUCAAUAACGCUUGUACAGAUACUUAUUGGAGCCAGAUAAUUAUUUACUUAUUUAUUUGUUUUUGCUAGUUUAUUUAUUGACUGAUUGAUUGUGACAGAUUGUUUUGAACAGUGUAGGAGUUUGUUGUUUGUUGUAGAGCAUUGUCCUAGAAUAUAUCCAUGUGCGAUUCCAUAAGUAUCCUUCUGCAAGUUACUGGUGCGGUCAGCAGGAAUCUAUAGGUCCUAUCCAUGACAUUCCAUAGACAUCUCAAUACAUUCCCUAACUCCAAGAUGUAAGUCAACAGAAUUGACAGUGCACAGUGAACAGGCCUUGGAGUUUGUGGCUUUACCACCAGGGGGCACUAAAACUCAUUCUUUGUGAAGUGCCCUCUGUCAUUUUCUCUGGGAGCUCUUGGCCUGUUAUUUUUGGUGUGGGACCUAACAGAGCUGUCAGAGGGGUCAGUUUACCUUCAAAGCUGAAUCCCUACACCAGCCUCGCAUCAAAUGAAGUGGUGCCGCCCCCUGGUGGUGAAAAUGUGCAAGCUCUGGGAUGCAUCAGGGACUCCUGCAGCCCAGGUGACACAGUGUGGGAGGUCUGUACAAGCAAACUGCAAGAGGCAACUGAAGAACAGGACGCAUAUCAGCUGUCACAUAUCACAUUUCUCUGAAUCAUGUCCAACAUCUCGCCCAUCGGUUGAUAUUUAUUACCUUUUUUAUCUUCUUGUCGUCGAGUUAUUUUGGGGGCCCUGGAGCAUCUAUAGAAGCAAUAUAUUCUGCGCGGCUUUAAUCGGUGUGUUUUGUUAGAUUAGAAUCGCGAGAGACGGGACGAACACGCACACGUAGGAAAAAUCUAGAGAAUGUUUUUCACCGAAAAUCCAACCGAAGGUGGAGGCCGUCAGUUUCUGCCGACGGUUUUCUAGCAGUGCUCAAGAAGUGGGAGGGGAGUUGAGUGAGGAGCGUCUCCCAUUCUGAGGCCGGGACAGACCUGGAGAUCUGGGGGGGGGGGAGAGGGGUGUGGCAGAGCCCUACUGCUCAGACAAGUGAGAGGAGCUACAGUCCUGAGCCAGCUCAGCUCAGCUCAGCUCAGCUCAGAGAGAGGGGAGAGUGCAGGCAGGGUUAGACUGGGGCUCUGAUUGGGACCUGCAGCCCAGGAUACUGCGGUCAGCUCUCCAGCUCCCCGAGAGAGGAGGUGAAGCGUCCUGUGUCGGCCACAGGCCGGGGCGGCAAGCUGGAGAGAAACAGAGCCAGGUGUAUCUCCAGCACCACUGAACAAGUGGAGCUCCUGCUGCCUGCCCGUCCCCCCACCACCACCAGGGCGGCGACAAUACGCCAAACCCUGGGCAACCUGUGGGACGCUCUUCGUAAAACCCCCAUCACAUUGACGGGAGAAGACACAGAUGGCACAACACCGAGCACAUAAGGGAGCCGGCUCGAGCACAGCAGCACAAUAUCUCCUUCUGUGCGAAAUGCAGGGUCUGCCUCACACGUACCCGGCAGAAGGACAAUGCGCAUGCCAGUUUAAAAUCCAUUUCCAUCAAAUUGGACCCGAUUUGAAUUCGUCCCGCUCAAUACCGAACUUGAAACAGAGACACACUGAGACUACCCCUUACUCUUUCCAUCUCUCCGUCUGUCCAGUUUCCUUCUCUCUAUUGUUCCCUCUUCCCUUCCUCUCUCUCUCUCUCUCUGAGAUCAGUGCAGAACUGACAGACUCAUUCCUCACAGGCGAACCUAGUGUUUACUCUGCGCUAGUGGGCUUCAGCAGCAGUCCGGCGGCGGUGUGACCCACCAGUGAUGGCAUUCGAGAGGGGGGAUGAGACCCCAGUGCCGGCUGCUCCCCCACUCCUCCCCCUCUCCCACCCCAAGUCAUCCUGUUCCUUUCCUCCUCUUUUCUUUUGAAAACAUAUAUAUAUACGUAUAUAAAACAUAUAAGAUGAAAUAAAUGAAAAACUACAUGAAAUACGAUAUUUAAUGCCUGUUAUUGAACUGCUGGAUUCUAAAAGAGAAAAAUAAAAAGUGAAAUCCCAAAAAAAGAAAAUAAAAGGAUUUUGUGUUUAAAAAC